AUGAGCGGAAACAGCCAGUUUCACCCGCCGCCACAAGCCCGGUCCUCGCAGCAGUCACAGCAGUCACAGCAGUCACAGCAGUCGCAACGGUCACAGCAGUCCAGGUCGUCACAGUCCAUCAGCAGCGGCCAGACGACAGAGAUUGAGAUUGAACGGUCCGACGUGGAGCUCAGCGAUGCCACGGACGUCGAGAAGCUGGCGUCUGUGCCGGAGACGAAGGGGCCGUUUGGCGGACCGGGACCAACAGGCGGCGGACCUCUCGGACCUACAGGGCCUUCAGGGCCUUCAGGACCUCCAGGACCUCCCGGACCUCUAGGACCUCCCGGCGCCAACAACCUCUUCCAGCCCAAGAGCGUCAAGUUCUGGAUGAUCCUGCUGUCCAACUUCCUCGCGCUCUUCCUCGUGGCGCUCGACCGCACGAUUGUCGCCACCGCCGUGCCGCGCAUCACCGACGACUUCCACAGCCUCGGCGACAUUGGCUGGUAUGCGUCGGCGUACAUGCUGACGACGGCGGCGUCGCAGCUCCUGUUUGGCCGCAUCUACAAGUUCUACUCCAUGAAGUGGACCUUUCUGCUGUGCGUCGUCGUCUUUGAGAUUGGCUCGGCCAUCUGCGGCGCCGCGCCCACGUCGGCCAUCUUCAUUGUGGGCCGCGCCGUCGCCGGCACCGCGUCGGCCGGCAUCUUCUCGGGGUGCAUGCUCAUCAUGGUGCCGAUGAUCCCGCUGCACAAGCGGCCCAUGUUCCAGGGCCUCUUUGGCGUCGUGUUCGGCAUGGCCUCGGUCAUCGGCCCGCUGAUUGGCGGCGCCUUUACGAGCAGCGGCCUGACGUGGCGCUGGUGCUUCUACAUCAACCUGCCCGUCGGCGCCUUUACGCUGCUGUUUAUGGUCUUUUUCUGGAACCCGCCGGCGCGGCCGACACCGCCGGCGCGUCCUGGCCACGGCCCUCAGGGCCCCAAGGCGACGGUGCUCACCCACAUCAAGCGCCUCGACCCCAUCGGCACGGCGCUCUUCCUGCCCGGCAUCGUCAGCCUGCUGCUGGCCCUCGAGUGGGGCGGCUCCAAGUACCCCUGGAGCAGCUGGCGCAUCAUUCCCUUGUUCAUCCUGUUCGGCGCCUGCAUGGUCGCCUUUGCCGUCGUGCAGGUCAUGCUGCCGGACACGGCCACGCUGCCGCCGCGCGUCGUGCUGCAGCGCAGCGUCCUGUCCGGCGCGCUCUUUACCUUUUUCCUGUCGGCCUCCAUGCUCAUGCUCGUCUACUACGUGCCCGUGUGGUUCCAGACGGCCAAGAUGGUCAACCCGCUGCGGUCCGGCGUCUACACCAUCCCCCUCGUCCUGAGCCUCGUCGUGUCCAGCAUCGGCUCGGGCAUCGUCACGCAGAAAAUCGGCUACUACGUGCCCUCCAUGCUCCUCGCGCCCGUCAUCAUGUCCGUCGGCGAGGGGCUCAUGAGCACCUUCACGCCCGCCACCGGCUCGUCGCACUGGAUCGCCUUCCAGUUCGUGGCCGGCUUCGGCCUCGGCUUCGGCAUGCAGAUUGGCAACCUGGCCGCCCAGACGGUCCUGCGGCCCGAGGACAUCUCCACGGGCGUCGCCAUCAUGUUCUUUGUCCAGCAGCUCGGCGGCGCCGUCUUCACCACCGUCGGCCAGACCAUCCUCAGCAACCUGCUCGUCGGCCAGCUCAAGGACGUGCCCGGCCUCGACACCGCCGCCAUCGUCAACGUCGGCGCCACCGAGCUGGCCAGCGUCGUCCCGCCCCAGUUCCUGCCCCUCGUCAUCGACGCCUACAACUUUGCCUGCACGCGCAUCUUUUUGACGAGCAUGGGCCUCGCCUUUGCGUCGCUCGUCUGUGCGUUUUUCAUGGAGUGGCGGAGCAUCAAGAAGCCCCCCGGCGGACCGGGUGGACCGGGUGGACCGCCAGCCGGGGGGCCGGGCCCGGGACCAGGCCCUGGUGCCCUCCGCGCGCCUGGUGCUCCUGGCGGCCCCAGUGGUCCCGGCAUUCCCGCCGGCCUCGGCCGCCCACAAAUGGUCAUGACGACGGCACCCACCGUGGACCCAAAGACGGCCUCUGUGGUCUCCAUCCGCAACUCCUUUGGUGGCACCCGCACCUCGUUUGGCAGUGGUAGUGGAGGAGGAGGAGGAGGAGGAGGAGGAGGAGGAGGAGGAGGGGGUGGUGAAAGGGGACGAGCCCUCUCUGUGUCGGCCACAACGGCCGUCAACAGUGACGAGCCGGUGGUGGCCAAGAAGGAGUCGUCCGAAGAGCCAGAGACCGAGGCAUCACAGACCCAGGCCCAGUCCGCGCCGCUCGAUCCCAAGAUCGUCAAGGCGCGCCAAGAGGCCGAGGCCAAGCUGCGCCAGGCCCGCCGCGAGUCGGAUCCCAGCUAUGUCAAGCCACGCCGGAAUUCCGUGCGUCUGUCCAAGGUAAACAGAACGAGCCUGACCUACGAGUAG